AUGUACAGAUGGAUUGUACAUGGGAAUCUACAUGUAGAUGAAUUACAGAUACCAAGCAGAUAUUUGAGCAGCGCAGUGAAAUUCAUGUCUUCUAGGGCAAUGGCUUCCAAAACUCCAGUUGGAUUUAUUGGUUUGGGAAACAUGGGAAAUCCAAUGGCAAAAAACCUUGUGAAACAUGGUUACCCCAUUAUCGCAUGUGAUGUAUUUCCAGAAGCAUGUAAGGAAUUUCAAGAGCUGGGUACCCAGGUGGGUGAGUCUCCAGCAGAUGUAGCAGAUAAAGCAGAUAGGAUUAUUACAAUGCUUCCAUCUAAUCCUAAUGCAAUAGAAGUUUACAUAGGUACCAAUGGAAUUCUCAAGAAAGUGAAGAAAGGUUCUCUGUUAAUAGAUUCCAGUACUAUUGAUCCGGAAGUUUCAAAAGAACUAGCUAAAGAAGCUGAAAAAAUGGGAGCUGUUUUUAUGGAUGCCCCUGUUUCUGGUGGUGUUGGAGCUGCUCGUGCAGGAAAUCUUACCUUCAUGGUCGGGGGAGUAGAGCAGGAAUUUGAUGCUGCAAAAGAGCUGCUCACAUGUAUGGGUUCCAAUGUGGUCUAUUGUGGAGAAGUUGGAACUGGACAGGCUGCAAAAAUCUGCAAUAAUAUGCUGCUAGCCAUCAGUAUGAUUGGAACUGCUGAGACCAUGAAUCUUGGAAUCAGGUUAGGGCUUGACCCAAAGCUUCUGGCCAAAAUCUUAAAUAUGAGUUCAGGCCGUUGUUGGUCAAGUGAUACAUACAACCCUGUGCCAGGAGUAAUGGAAGGGGUACCUUCUGCUAAUAAUUAUCAAGGUGGCUUUGGAACAACCCUUAUGGCUAAGGAUCUUGGCUUGGCCCAGAUUUCUGCUACCAACACCAAGUCUCCAGUCCCACUUGGAUCACUAGCCCAUCAGAUUUACAGGAUCAUGUGUGCCAAGGGCUAUGCCCAAAAAGAUUUCUCAUCUGUAUUCCAGUUUUUACGGGAAGAAAACUUGUGAACUCUCUAUUGACUUUUAACUAGAGACAUUGUGAAAAAGACAUGUAUUUAGAGCCUCUUUCAGAUUAAUCAAAUACAUGAGUUUAAUCAAAGAUCAUGAAUCAUGAUCUCACCCACUUCUGUAUUCUAAUGUCACAGCUAACUCCAAGAUUUCUUAUCUACCGUGUUUCCCCGAAAAUAAGAACCCUGUCUUAUAUUUUUUUUUGAACCCUGAAAUAAGCGCUUGGCUUUAUUGACAUGCACUCAAAAGCCCGAUUGGGCUUAUUAUCAGGGGAUGUCUUAUUUUGGGGAAAACAUGGUAUCAUUUCAAAUACUGUGGAAUUUUUUUUAUAAUUUAUAUAUAGCUUACUUUUUAAGAAGUGCAGUAGUAGAAUUUAAAGAAAACCCAGUAUAUUUGUAUUUACAUACAUACUUCCAAAUGACGGUUUUCCAAACUUGUUAUCUCCAGAUGUGAUGGAUUUUAAGUUGGAUUGCAAAAUUGACAUGGUUGGGAAAAAAUUUCUGAACUGUACAAGUAUAACAGUUUAAAGAGAUCCUGAACUUUCUAAAUAAUAUUUUAAUUUACUUUUAAAACAAAAUUAUUACAAUGAAGAAUUAAUGAUAAAAAUUUAUAUUAAUUAACAAUUGCAAUUUAUUUGAAAUCUGAUGCUUAUGGUUUUGGAAAAUCAUAGUAAAAAUAACAGAGAGCUGCAUGUUUAACAUUUUUUUCCUCAGUAGCCUAAUUUUAUAAAUUUUUAAUUUUCUCAACUUUUCAACAGAUUCAUGCCUACUUCGUUUACUGACAUGCAGAUAUCUUGGUAUUGUUAUAAAUCUAAAUAAAUAAAUCCUUUGAAAUUUAUGAUAAUGAUCACAAGAAGAAAUAUAUGGGCUUAUAGUGAGGGGGGGUAUUCUCUUGCUUUUGUUAUGAUCAGAUUCUAUGCAUAGUCAUACCAAUAAAAAUGCAUUUUGAAAAAUAUAUAAGAGAAUUAAGUCUUGCAUAAAAAAGAGGACAUAGUGUAAAAGGUCUGUAGGUUGGUAUGUUCAUUAAAUUUCCAUUCUUGUUUGUUAAGAAUGCAGUCUACAACUAUUAAAAUGAAUAACCACAAUACAGAAUAUAUAAAACCAUUAAUCUCCUGGUAUCAUAAACAGAGCUUGUGACCAUUCUUCCUUAUUCUUACAGUAAUUCUUGAAACUUUGCAUGAAGAGAAAUAAUAAACAUUAAUCAGAAUUGCCUGAUCACCAUAGCUUUUAACAGGGCAAUUGAUCAACCUACAAAUUAUGAACAUUCCUAUAAAAAGGUAAUGGAUUACCAACUGAAUUGGAUCACUUUGGAACAUGUUCUUCUUUUUUGUUACUAUGAUCUAUUAAAUCCUAGAACUGAAGCAAUAUAAUUUUUAAUAAUACUUUUUAUAAUUAGCUAUAAUCAUAUAACUGAUUUCAGAUCACUCUUUUGAAGGUUUAAGUGUGGUCAAAAUGAACAAUACGGCAGCAGAAAAAAUGCUGGGUGAUUUAAAAUAUAGAAUCAAAAAGACUGAAGAAAGUUCCCUGCUGGUUCUGUAGAUCUGAUGAUAGGGCAGAUGUGAUACCGAUAGCACAUAAACACAUGGAGCAUUCUGGAAAGUAAGCAGUCAAAAUGUUCCAACUAAGAAUACUGGAAAUGUGAAAUGGAUGAAGCUUCCAUUUUUAUAGACAAGGCUAUUGGGGGAAAAUACAGCCUGUUAAAUAAAGGUACUUAGGAUAGGGAUACAAGACUUCUUCUUCAUUGAAUGGCUUCCUUGCUGGGUUUGGACUACUGGAUUUUGUUUCCCAAGCACGACAUGGAAUUGUUUCUGUUUUGUUUUGUUUUACAAUUAGGUAUUCUACACAAUCAGCUUUGAAUGUGAAGUAAAUUUUAAGUGCUUGAUUUUCUACAGUGAUACAAUAAAAUAAUAAUAAUACAAAUCCCAUAGUAGAUUAGGAGUCUGUCUUCUUCCAGUCAACAUCUUCCAACUCUUCCAGAGUCUAAAAAAAUUCCAAAGCCUUUUUGGUGGAAUAGAGCCAGAAAAAAUCCUGAUAUAGUAUUACUAUUUCAUUAAAAGGAAUGGCUAUGAAAGCUUGUUGGGAUAAUUGCAGUUAGUUACAUAGGAUAGAUUUUGCUGCUAAACAGUUUAAUAUGAAAAAGUGCACUAUUAUGAUGUCCCCCAAAUAAGUAAAUCAAGAUGUUUACUCACAUAAAUUUCUUUGAGUUCUUUUCCAUGUUUCCAUCCUAGGUCAAUACAUAAAAUUGCAUGAUUUAGUAACUGAAAUAUCAUCAGUUUUGUGGCAAUAGCUUCUAUUGAAAGAAAACAAAGGUGGACAAAAACAGAAAAUACCCAAAUAUUAAGUGUUGAUAUAUGAACACUAACUAAUGCUAGGACAAAAAUGGUAUUUCAGUGUUUUGCCUAGUAUAACAUCACACAAUGGUCCUAUAGGCAGAAUUAUGGAGGAGUGGGAUAUGUCAAUUUUCCCCCUUGCCAAUACUUAAUUAUGGAAGUUUGUGCAGGUAGCAGUUUCAAAUAAAUCAGAUGAUAAAAAUCAGGAUAAAGUAUUCUGUUGGCUAGUAGUCACUUUCAGAAAAAUGGAACUGUAACCCAUAAUUUAAAGCAACACUAUUGUUUUGAGCAGGAUAGUGGUUGCAGGUUAUGUAAAUUAUUAUGUUAAAUAUCUAGAGAUGCUAUCUUGCUUAUCCCAGUGUAGAGAAUAUGGUUUAUUUCCGUCUGUGAAGUUUUAUAAAUUUUGUGAGCAAUAAGUUUCUGAAGUGGUUUGCUUUUCUUUUUUUUAAAGCAUGCCAUAUUAUAAAAAUGUGUAUUAGAUGAUUUUCAUCUCUUAACAGUUAGCUUCUUGAAACCCAAACUAAAUUGUGAAAUUAGUACUUAAAAUAGCUAUCACUCAGAAAAUAGAUUAUUUACUGUAAUAGAUUUAUCACUCCUGUGUCUGAUUUUAUAAUUUAUCAUAAAUUGUAUUAUAACAACAGAAGCACAUGAUUUAUUAAAUACAUAAAAGAUAUUGAAGGUUUCAAAUCUCAGUCCUUGUUUCUGCAAUUUCUUUAA